CCGAUGAAGGGUGCUUUGGCGAGGCGACUAGAUGAGUUCUGUGUUCGGGUAUUGAGUGGAGUUUUGUGACUGAAAAUCACCGCAAAAUGCGUAGAAAUGUUAAAGUUUUGCUGUUAUUCUCUGUAUCGUGGAUGUUCGUGGUUGUCUACUACUUGCAGACGAGCGCUGAUUCCAAGACUGAAAACCGAGCACUUCGCCUAAAAGACGCCGUGACCAUGGCACCCUUUAGCCUGGAAGUGCCAGUCUCGGGCAACGCACCGGGCCCCAACGUUCCUCUAGCCCUGCAGAGCUUCGAGACCACGGAUGGACGACUAACCUGGAACUACUUCGACGAGGGGGGCUACGUGAGCAGGGCCGGACUCAGGGAAGGCGAGGACCCCUACGUGCGAAACAGAUUCAACCAGGAAGCCAGCGACAGCCUUCCCAGUAAUAGGGAGAUUCCUGACACCAGAAACGCAAUGUGCAAAAAAAGAGACUGGAGGUCUGAUCUUCCCGCCACCAGUGUAAUUAUUACAUUCCACAACGAAGCACGUUCGACCCUUUUAAGAACCAUUGUUAGUGUCUUAAAUAGAAGUCCUGAGCACCUUAUCAAAGAAAUUAUUUUGGUUGAUGACUUUAGUGAUAACCCCGCCGACGGCGAGGAGCUGGCCAAGAUCCAAAAAGUUCGCGUGCUACGCAACGAGCAGCGCGAAGGGCUGAUGAGGUCGAGAGUUCGCGGGGCUGACGCUGCCGCCGCCACUGUGCUGACCUUCCUGGACAGCCACUGCGAGUGCAACGCCAACUGGCUCGAGCCGCUCCUGGAGCGGGUGGCCGAGGAUCCCACCAGGGUGGUGUGUCCCGUCAUCGACGUCAUCAGUAUGGACACGUUUCAAUAUAUCGGAGCCUCUGCAGACCUUAGGGGCGGGUUCGACUGGAAUCUCGUAUUCAAGUGGGAAUACCUGAGUUAUGCAGAACGAGAGACCAGACAAAGGGACCCCACUCAAUCUAUCAGGACGCCUAUGAUAGCUGGGGGUCUGUUUGUGAUAGACAAAGCCUACUUUGCAAAACUAGGUAAAUACGACAUGAAAAUGGACGUUUGGGGUGGAGAAAAUUUGGAGAUUUCGUUCAGAGUUUGGCAGUGUGGAGGCAGCUUGGAAAUAAUACCAUGUAGCCGAGUUGGUCAUGUGUUUAGGAAACGACAUCCGUAUACUUUCCCAGGCGGUAGUGGGAAUGUUUUCGCCAAAAAUACCAGAAGAGCUGCUGAAGUCUGGAUGGACGACUACAAAAAUUUCUAUUACGCUUCUGUGCCCCUCGCCAAAAACGUUCCUUUUGGAGACAUAUCCGAAAGACUGGAGCUGAAAGAAAGACUGAAGUGCAAACCGUUCAAGUGGUACCUGCAAAACGUCUACCCGGAACUAACCAUCCCCCACUCAACGUCCUCGCAAACUGGGGAGCUGAAACAAGGGGUCUACUGCUUGGACACCAUGGGGCACCUGAUAGACGGCAACGUCGCUUUAUACCAGUGCCACCACACGGGCGGGAAUCAAGAGUGGAGUUUCACAGGUUCCGGAUUGAUAAAACACCACGAUCUUUGUCUGAGCCUUGUCAACUUCAUGAAGGGCUCGCAGGUGGUAAUGAGGGUUUGCGACGGUUCCGAGAACCAAAAGUGGCACAUCAUCGAACCUGGCGGCCUUCUGAGGCACUCCAGGUACCCUCUAUGCCUGGAUUCGAGGUACACCGACGUUAAAGGUAUUACGGCGGAAAGGUGCAAUAGUCAGCUCGAAACGCAGAGGUGGCAACUCAGCAAGAAGUCCUAAAGUCCUAGAAAAUGGAAUGCCAACAAUUCGUUGAUUUGAAAACGGUUUUGUGUCAAGUAUUUUUAAUUUUGGGAAGUCUUCCCUAGUCAAUUUAUCAAAUUGUUUUAAUACGUACUGUUUUUUAUCUUUAAUCAUUGUAAGACAAAUACAAAAAUAAUAAUAAGAAAAAAAAAUGUUGACAAGUAGAAAACGAAAGGUAAGUACAAUUUUCAGAAUUUAUAAAACUUUUUAAUUUAAAUUUUUGCCUUUAAAAUACAAAAUUUUAUAUAAAGUUUUAAAGUUUCGAAAAAA